AUGUCGAAAUCAACGCUUCUCCACCCGCAAUUCGUCCACACGCUUGUUCCUGGCUUUCACACUCACCUCACGAUUCCUGUGGACUUCUUCUCCAAGUAUGUUGAAGGAAAGAGCUCGGAGAAGACGACGGCGGAGCUGAAAUCAGACACCUCGGCCAUACGCUGGAAAGUUAAAAUGACUCGCCGGAGACUCACUAGCGGAUGGGAAGAGUUCGCCGUAGCUAACAAUUUCAAAAUCGGCGAGGUCGUUCUUGUUAGAUAUGAAGGAAAUUUGGUGUUCCAUGUUUCGGAUUUAGGAUCCAGCUGCUGUGAGAUCCGAGACUUACCGCCUCCGAGAAACAACAAUGUUGGUGACAACGACAUUGGUAAAAAUUUGUUGAAAAAGCGUCUGCAUCCAAGAACACAAGAAGAUUUACCGUUAAAUGAUGGAGAUGGUGGUGAUGAUGAUGAUGAUGAUAAUGAUAAUGACAUGGAGUAUCCAAGGAAGAAGAAAGUGAAGAAGAAUAGUCCUGAAGCUGAAGCAGUUUCUUCUACUUCACCAGACAACUUAUGUUUCGUGGCUGUUGUCACGGCUUCGAGUCUACGCACAGAUAAGCUGUAUCUUCCACAACAUUUCACGAGUUCAAAUGGUAUUACAAGAAACUGCCGCAAAGCUGUUUUCUUAGAUGGAGGCGGAGGCUGGAGAGAGUUCUGUGAAGAAAACGGUCAACAAGCAGGAGGCUUCUUCAUGUUUAAGCUAGUGGGAAACGGGGAAACGCUUGUGCUCAGUUUCUCCCCUACAGAGACUAUCAAUGAUAAAAGGCAAAGAGACUUCUCAAGAGCCAGCAGGAGAGAAUCUCUUUCCGCAGAACUUAGCAGCGAGGAAGAGAACAUAGAAGAUGAGAACAGUGAUUCCUCUGAUAACCUUAGCAGCGAGGAAGAGAAAAUAGAUGAUGAGAACAGUGAUUCCUCUGAUAACCUUAGCAGCAAAGACGAGUGCAGCUCAAUGAUAAAGACAGAGAAUAAGAAGUAUAGUCGGAAAGGAGGAGUUUGCAAAUAUUCAUCAUAUUCGCCAUGUCAUAAGCAAUCCAUAACAUAUACAUUUCCACCUGAUUUUGCCAGAGUUAGUAAACUGACUCUUCCAUCACUAUUCCUGAGGGAGAAUGGCAUCAACAAGCCAGGGGAGAUAUAUCUAUUGGGUAAAGAUGGUGUAAAGUGGCCGACAAAGCUUCUCUCGGACAGGAAUGGAUCAAUGCGCUUGGGAAAGGGUUGGAGAGAUUUUGUUAAAUCAAACGGCGUAGAGACAGGCUUCACAUUCAAGUUGAUAUGGGAAGACACAACUCCUGUCCUUAGUUUGUGCUGUGCAGAAUCUACCAGUGACAGAGAGCAAGAAGAGUUUCCAAAACAGUCUCUUUCCACAGAUGCUAGCAACAGAGACAAGAUCAGCAAAGUUAGUGGGAUGGAAUCUUAUUCCGCAGAACUUAGCAGCGAGGAAGAUGACACAGAAGGGGAGGAGACCAGUGAAGACGAGCGCAGCUCAAUGAUGGAGACAGAAAGAAAGAAGUAUAGUCCGAAACAAAGAGUUAAAUCAUAUUCAUCAUAUUCACCGUCUCAUAAGCGACUCGUAACAUUUACACUUCCACCUGAUUAUGCCAGAGUUUGUAAACUGACUCUUCCAUCAGCAUUCCUGAGAGAGAAUGGCAUCAACAAGCCAGGGAAGAUAUAUCUAUCGGAUAGCGUUGGUACAAAGUGGCCGACAAACCUUAACUUGGACAAGAAAGGUACAAUGAGUUUGGGUAAAGGUUGGAGAGAUUUCGCUAAAUCAAUCGGUGUAGAGACGGGCUUCACACUCAAGUUGAUGUGGGAAGACACAACUCCUGUCCUCAGUUUGUGCUGUGCAGAAUCUACAAAGGACAGAGAGCAAGAAGAGUUUUCAAAAGCUAUCAAGAGACCGUCUCUUUUCAUGAAUCCUACCAACAGUGACAAGAUCAGCAAAGUUGAGAAUAACAAAGAGGAGAGAGAGAAGAAUCAUCUGAGAGGGAGAACUCCAUCUAGCCAAAACCAAUUUGUGACAUUAACAAUUAAACCUUACAGCGUCGCACAGUGUAGACUGGUUCUUCCUAAGAAAUUCACGAGAGAGAAUGACAUUACCAAGCCUGGGAUGAUUACUCUGUUGGGAAGCGAUGGUAUAAAGCAGAAGACAAGUUUGUUAUUAGACAAAGGAAAUGGAUUAAUGUAUUUGGGAAGUGGCUGGAAAGAUUUUGCGAAAGCAAAUGGCUUCAAUACGGGCGACUCCUUCACGCUCGAGUUGAUUUGGGAAGACACAAAACCUGUGCUCAGGUUGUGCCCUGCAGAAAGUAGCAUUGACAGAGGAGGAGAAGAAGGAGAGCAGGUCAACGGAGAACCUAUCAGCUGUGAAAAAGUCAUCAAAGAGGAGAGAGAUUCAACUCCUAUUGUCAGAUUGUUCCCCACAGAGUCUAGUGUUUCAAAAGCUAACGAGUCAGUUUCCACAGAACCUAAUAGAAGAGAUUCGUCCUCAGCAAUCCAAAACCGAUUUGUGACAUUAACGCUCACACAUGAAGAUGUCAAAGUUUGUAAACUGCAUCUUCCAAAUCGAUUUAUGAGGGAUAAUGGCAUCAACAAACUUGGGAAGAUGACUAUUUUGGGUGAAAACGGAAUGGAGUUGUGUGGUUAUCUAUUGUCAAGAGACGGAAUUGUUGCUUUGGAGGAUGGUUGGGAUGAGUUUUGUGAAGCUAAUGGCGUAAAGUUAGGAGAUUCCUUCGCUUUAGAGUUCGUUAAUGAACAAGACAACACAACUCCUCUACUUAAGUUCUGUUCUUGGGAGACUAAUGAUUACAAAAAUAAAUGUUAA